AUGGUGAUCACCAUAUGGAUGUUGGUUUUUGUGUCUGUGCCUUUCUGUCAUGCUGAAGAUAAAUUCUCUGUGCUGGUCCCUGAUGAUCCAGUUUCAGCCAAGCUGGGAGACUCUGUGAUCUUGCCCUGUAGUCUCUCUCCUUCCUUCAGUGCUGUGGAGCUGGAGGUGCGCUGGUACAGACCCAGCAAAUUCAACACUCCAGUUUUAUUGUUCAAGGAUCAGAAGAUCCAGGAAAGUCCUGUAGACCCUCAGUACAGGGACAGAGUGUCUCUGAUAGGGAGACUGGAGGAGGGGAAUGUGUCUCUGAAGCUGGAGAACAUCACACUGUCAGACAGAGGAGAAUAUAUUUGUCACACUAGUAGUGCAGACUGGUAUGAGGAGGGUAAAACAUUUCUGACAGUAAAUGUCCUGGGCCCUGUACCAGUCCUCUCAUUCACUGAAACAGGAGGUGGAUACUUGAAUGUGACAUGUGUGUCAGAUGGUUGGUCUCCACAGCCCACAGUAACCUGGAGAGACAGACAAGGGGAAGCGAUCAAACAGAACAGUAAUGUGAUGUACAUGAAAGAUACUGAGGAUCUGGUGAGUGUGAGUUCUUGGCUGCUUUUCUCUCCCUCUGAGUCAGAGUGGAUCUCCUGCUCUGUCAGUUUAUCUGAUCAGGAGAAGAGAGAGGGAAGAAUUGUACCACACAGGACAAAAAUAUCAAACUGUGCAACACAGCCAACAAUGUUGGAGCCCACAGCAUCCAAACCCUCAUGGAGAGCAUUUAUUAUCAUGCUGGUCAUCAGUCUGUUGGCCUUCAGUGUCUUAUUCAUCCUCCUCUUCAGCUUAUACAAGAAGAGAGAUCCUCAGAAACCAGUGGACACAGAAGCAGCAGGUAUGUGGCAGUCAGUCAUAUAG